AUGUCCGGAUAUAACCUUGAGGUCAAACAGCCGGUGGCAGACGUCAACGAGCCCCAAGUCGUAGCUGAGCACCACGGUUUCGCGACCGACAUCGACCAUGUGCCCAAGGGAUACUUCACCACACGAUACUUCCUCGGCACCUAUGUUGCCCAUAUUUUCACCUUUUUAGGCGGCCUGGCGGGGUUCAACCUGAUCGCCCCUAUUCUAGGAGACAUCAACAAUGACAUCGGCCCCAGCGAAAGCAUCCUAUGGCUUGCACUUGUCUACCCGCUCGGGCUCGCUGUUGGGCUGGGCCUCAUGGGCCGUGUGACGGACAUCUUUGGCCGACGUUGGUUCAUGAUCAUUGGCAACCUCCUGGGCACCAUUGGCGCUGUUGUUUGCAGCCGAGCACACACAAUAAACACACUAAUUGGGGGAGAGACGCUCAUCGGUUUCGGUAGCACGGCCGCGUACUCUUUUAAUUUUGUCAUCAGCGAGAUCGUCCCGAUGAAGUAUCGCUUCUGGGCACUGGGAGGUCUUUUCUUCUUCUGUCUGCCGAUGAACGGCUUUAAUACCAUCGUCGCGACGAGCUUUGUGGUCCAUACCGAGCAGGGUUGGAGGUGGUGCUACUACCUUAUCCUCAUCCUGAACGCCAUUGCUACAGUCCUCUACUUCCUCUUUUAUCAUCCCCCAACCUUCGAGAUGAAACACAAGGGUGUGUCCAAGAGACAGAUAUUGAAGGAGUUUGACUAUGUGGGAGCAUUUGGCUUGAUGACCGGAGUCACCUUGUUUCUCAUUGGUCUGAAUUGGGGAGGCGGUCUGUAUUCCUGGAACGAUGCACACGUUAUUGCGACCAUGGCCGUUGGCGGCGUCAUCAUCUUCGCACUUCCAGUCUGGGAGGCUUUCUCGAAAGUUAAAGACCCCUUCAUUCCGCUGCGUCUGUUUCGGUCCCGCGGCUGGACGGUCUCCAUGCUGUCGUCGUCAAUCGGAGCAACCGUCUACUACAGCUUCUCCAUCAUUUGGCCGUCGAUGGUGUCCGUUGUCUACGCCCGAGGAGAUCAGAUUUGGGCGGGGUGGGCUUCCUGUUUGGUGGCUAUGGGAAUUGCUGUCGGCCAGGUCAUCGGAAAUGCACUCACUCUCGCAGUCACAAGGCAGAAGAUCCAAUGCAUCGUGGCCAUGACGGUGGGAACAAUAUUCCUGGGAGCGGCUGCGACAUGCAAUGCGGACGACAAGGGCAAGGCCAUGGCAUUUGUCUUUCUUUCUUGUCUUUUCAUCGGCUGGAACGAAGCUGUCGUGGCGACAUUGGUCGGUGUGUGCAUCCAGGACCAGCGUGACAUCGGAGUAGCCGCGGGCCUGUCAGGCUGUAUCCGCUCACUUCUUGGGUCUGUGUCAUCAGCAAUUUAUUCCGCGGUCCUGAGAAGUCGACUAAACCACACGGUCCCCGCGCACGUUACUCCCGCAGUCGUGGCAGCUGGUCUUCCCAAAAGCUCGGUCGAGGCCUUCGUUCAGGCCCUGUCCAUCGGUACAUCUGCAGCCUUCGACAAAGUCGAAGGAGUCACUCCUGGAAUCAUUGCCGCCGGCACCCAAGCCUACCGAGUGGCAAACGUUGACGCCUAUCGAACGGUCUUUCUCUCCAGCCUCGCGUUCGGCGGACUGUGUAUCAUCUUGAAUCUUAUGAUCCCGAACGUCGACAAGCUCAUGAAUAGAGAUAUUGCAGUGAGGCUACAUGCAACGAACGAGAAGAACGCCUCCGACACGGUGGGAGACAAGCCACUCCAUGAAAUCAAACAUGUGGAAAAAAUUGUGUGA